AUAACAUUUCGAACAAAUAGAUAGUUAAUAUAUAAAAAGUUGAGAGCGAGAAGAGGGACAAUUACCUCCCUUCUGUCUAUAACCUCUACUCUCCUGUACAACUCCAACCACCUUUCUCAUAGAUGCUCUGCGUUACCCUAAGCAGGGUCAUCAUCCCUACUACCAAUUUAUGAACUCAUCAACAAAGACAAAUUAAGUUCUAAAUUUUAUUACAGUGAAGGGACUAAAUGCAAAAUUAUCCCAAUUCAUCAUCGCUUUUCUUCCAUCUUCGAGCAUUCAAACGACAUUAUAAAACCUCAACGGAGCGAAGUCCAUUAUAAAACCUUAAAUUUAAAAUCAACACAAUUUCUCGACUUCUCUUGCUUCCGAAAAUGGCGACGCGCUACAGGUCGUACGAUUCACGCUCCUCCACUUCCUCUCACUUCUCCGAUCCCUCGUCAUCUAUAGACCUUAACAGCUCUGCUUCUUCGCGGAGGCCAAAAUCGUCUUCUUCCUCUCGAGCGAUUGUGAAAUCGAAGCCGUUGGAUGCAGCCCAAAGCAGCCGCAGCAAGAACCAGGCGGCGGAUCUUCACUUCACAACCAUGGUGAAGAAGUUUAUGGACAAGAAAUUGGCAAAUAAAACAACGGGACAGCUGAUGGUUCCAUCGGAUGUGGUAGCUGAGGAUCUCAAGAAGACGGCGAGGAAAGGCACUGCUUUCACGGCGUUGCAGAGGAAGCUGUUCGGUAAAGGAUCUUCCGUUAAGGAUAACAAAAAGGAGGUAAAAGCCUUGACGGAGGUGAAGGGGAAUACGAGGACAUUGGCCAUGGUUUUAAGAAGUGAGAGGGAGCUAUUGAAUGCCAACAAAGAGCUCGAGAUGGAGGUUUCCGAGCUCAAGCUUCUGCUUCAAGACAAGAACAGAGAGGUGGAGAAGCUGAAAGAUUUGUGCUUGAAACAGAGAGAUGAGAUUAAAUCGUUGAAGAAUGCAAUAUUGUUUCCAGAUGCCUUGAAUUGUCAACUUCAAGACCUAGUUGAAAAGCAAGGCUCGGAGCUGACGCAAGCCAAACAACUAAUACCUAGUCUCCAAAGACAGGUCACUUCUCUUACAGGACAACUUCAAUGCCUUGCUCAGGAUCUUGCUCAGGUGAAGGCAGAAAAGUAUUCUUCCAAAGCAUGUAACCAGCAGCAUGGCAGCUAUGAUGGAGAUGAGCUUUUUGAUUCUUUGGAAUUCAGUUCUGGAAACCCAACAACUCCUGGAAGUCCAGAUGACUUGUUCCUCGAAGAUUUAAAUCCCUGUUUAACACCUUAUUAUGCCAAGACAAAACCCAAGGAAUUUGACGAGAUUCGAUACGAAUCGCCGCAUAAUGAAACCUUGUCUGACGAAAGAUGGCAAGCAUUCAAUUAGCUCGGAUUUAGUUCUCAAGAAGGUAUCCAAAAGUUCAGAUCGUUGCAGGAAUUCCAAUAAUGGAAGUUCAAUGCCUCGAAUCAGUCGCAGAUCGAAAACAAAGGAUCAUUCUGCAAGCAAAUACCAUCAUAAGCCUUUCUCGAUUGCUUGGUAUGUAUCAUUCUUAACUUGUUAGCUCCAGGUGUUAAAUCGAAUUUAUAAUUAAGGGUUUAUAUUUAUUACUUUGUGGUUGUGGUGGGCUACUCCUGCAAGUAAUUUGAUGACAAUAAUGUAGUAUUAGUGGCUUUCGUUUCAAUAUUUAUAUCGCAAGGCAUUUUGACCCCAAAAAUGGAAUGUGAGGAUGUGGACAUACUUGAGAGGCACAUUUAUUAUAGUGACCAAAUUAAAAUAUAGUUAACAUGUUGAGUUCAAAAAAUAUCAUUUAUAUUAUAUUAAACUUGAUAUUUUUAAAACUUUAAAUUUACAGUUUUAUAAAUGAAUUUUUUAUUUGAAAGUAAAUUGCUAUUGUUUGAAGAUAGUUUUAUAAAAAGAUAAGUUAACUUUCCAAUUUCUUUAACCAAAUGGUGUCCAAAUUGUAUGUAAUGUUUUUUAUGAUUAGCCUCAAGAACUGAAUCCUUUGCUUGCUAGACAUGCAUUAAUUAAAUUCAUCUCAGUUAACAAUUACUAAAUACAUAGAUGAUGAGUCCUCUUACAUGUGUUUCAACGAGCUUGCAUUGCAUAUUUUACUAUAUAUAUGACAUAAGAUUAGACAACCCUUUGGACUGAGCCUGUGAAACUAGCUAAAAUCCUACCACCCGGAGUUGCCUUUGGCUUUUUUGACACCACAUAAGCGAAAUAGAGUGAAAGCAGAGAUACCAGAUAGGAGUACCAUGCACACACUAGCUAACACCGCCAUUGAUAUUCCUUCCCCAAC